GUGAAGGCCAUACCGACAUCGUUAAGAUGUUGUUGGACACAGGAGCAGAUCCAAAAGAGUCUCUUGUAUUGUAUGAAGCAGCAUGUGAAGGCCAUACCGACAUCGUUAAGAUGUUGUUGGAUAAAGGAGCAGAUCCGAAAGAGUAUCGUGUAUUGUAUGAAGCAGCAUGUGAAGGCCAUACCGACAUCGUUAAGAUGUUGUUGGACACAGGAGCAGAUCCAAAAGAGUCUCUUGUAUUGUAUGAAGCAGCAUGUGAAGGCCAUACCGACAUCGUUAAGAUGUUGUUGGAUAAAGGAGCAGAUCCGGAAGAGUCUGAUGCAUUGAAGUACGCAGCUUGUAAUGGCCAUACCGACAUCGUUAAGAUGUUGUUGGACAAAGGAGCAGAUCCGAAAGAGUCUGAUGCAUUGAAGUACGCAGCUCGUAAUGGCCAUACCGACAUCGUUAAGAUGUUGUUGGACAAAGGAGCAGAUCCGAAAGAGUCUGAUGCAUUGAAGUACGCAGCUUGUAAUGGCCAUACCGACAUCGUUAAGAUGUUGUUGGACAAAGGAGCAGAUCCGAAAGAGUCUCUUGUAUUGUAUGAAGCAGCAUGUGAAGGCCAUACCGACAUCGUUAAGAUGUUGUUGGACAAAGGAGCAGAUCCGAAAGAGUCUGAAGCAUUGAAGUAUGCAACAAGCAAUGGCCAUACCGACAUCGUUAAGAUGUUAUUGGAUAAAAGAGCAGAUCCGAAAGAGUCUCUUGUAUUGUAUGAAGCAGAAUGUGAAGGCCAUACCGACAUCGUUAAGAUGUUGUUGGACAAAGGAGCAGAUCCGAAAGAGUCGGAUGCAUUGAAGUACGCAGCACGUAAUGGCCAUACCAACAUCGUUAAGAUGUUGUUGGACAAAGGAGCAGAUCCGAAAGAGUCUGAAGCAUUGAAGUAUGCAGCACGUAAUGGCCAUACCGACAUCGUUAAGAUGUUGUUGGAUAAAAGAGCAGAUCCGAAAGAGUAUCGUGUAUUGUAUGAAGCAGCAUGUGAAGGCCAUACCGAAAUCGUUAAGAUGUUGUUGGACAAAGGAGCAGAUCCGAAAGAGUCUCUUGUAUUGUAUGAAGCAGCAUGUGAAGGCCAUACCGAAAUCGUUAAGAUUUUGUUGGACAAAGGAGCAGAUCCGAAAGAGUCGGAUGCAUUGAAGUACGCAGCUCGUAAUGGCCAUACCAACAUCGUUAAGAUGUUGUUGGACAAAGGAGCAGAUCCGAAAGAGCCUGAUGCAUUGAAGUACGCAGCUCGUAAUGGCCAUACCGACAUCGUUAAGAUGUUGUUGGACAAAGGAGCAGAUCCGAAAGAGUCCAAAGCAUUGACAGCCGUAGCUUACCAUGGCCAUACUGACAUAAUAAAACUACUGUUGGACAAAGGAGCAGAUCCAAAGGAGUCCCUCUUGAUAACAGUACCAACUCAAAAUGUUGUUAUGCCUCAAUAA